AGGACUUAACCGACAACCGAAUUACCAGAAUGGUGAAAAGCGGCAAAUUCGAGCUCGACGAUGAGACAGGAAUGAAGAAACCCAAGGGUUACUUCUUCUCGAAACGCCACCUUAUCCUCAUCGUCAUCUUGGCCAUUGUCCUGGUCAUCGUCGUCGCGUGCAUGGCUUUCUUCAUUCCUGAUCGAACGUGUAAGCCGAUAUCGACGGAUGACCCCUCCGUCGUUGGGGAGCAGACGACGGAAGCUCCCGAGGAGGACUGGACGGGUCGGCUACCACGCAACCUCGUCCCCACAGUCUAUAAAAUCUACCUCAAACCAUACCUCUACGAAGACGACUUAGGCCCAGAUGAUCGACUUUUCACUUUCGAUGGCCGGGUUAAGAUAAAUAUGACGUGUGACGUAGCCACUGACGUCAUAACCCUCCACAGCAAGAACAUCACCCUCCUAUCCUACGAGCUCGUGGACGACGUCGGGAAUGCAUUGACCAUCACGGACAUCACCUUCGGAGAAAAAUACGACUUUGUCCAUUUUCAUGUUGGUAUGCUGUUGGAAGAGGGUAGGGACUACGAACUGGUGAUUGAGUACGUAGGGGAGCUGUCGAACUCGUCCACAGGGUUCUUUCGAAGUAGCUAUAAAGAAGGAGGGGAGAUAAGAUGGCUGGCCGAAACCCAGAUGCAGGCGACAUUCGCACGCCAAGCCCUGCCGUGUUUCGACGAGCCCGACUUCAAAGCUGUAUUCUACACCGAGAUCGAGCACCGCGCCGACAUGAUCGCUCUCGCCAACGGAAUCGAGGAGAGCGAAACCGAGACUGGAAAAGGUUGGAUCAAGACCAAGUACGGUGCCACGCCCUUGAUGUCGAACUAUCUCCUCGCAUUCGUCGUCGGUUAUUUCAACUACACUGAACGGUUCUCGGACAAAGGAGUUCGGUAUAGAGUUUGGUCACGCCCAGAGAAGCUAGAAGCAACGCGAUAUGGUCUGGAUCUUGCGAUCAAUAUUACAACAUACUUCGAGUCGUAUUUCAACAUUACCUUCGAUCUACCAAAACAAGACAUGAUCGCCACGCACGGCGGCGGUGCGAUGGAGAACUGGGGUCUUAUCAUCUAUAACGAGAAGUAUCUGCUAUUUGACUCUAAGAUCGAUACUGCGGAGUUAAAACUGUGGGUGGCUACAGUUGUCGCUCAUGAACUCGUACAUCAGUGGAUCGGUAACAUCGUAACCUGUACUUGGUGGGACGACAUCUGGCUCAACGAAGGAAUCACGAGCUACUUUGAGUUGCUCGGCAUGGACUCCGCCGAACCGAAUUGGAGAAUACAUGAGCACCGUCGCGUUGAGAAGAAGAUGGGAUACCAGAAAGAUGCUCUUGUAACCUCUCAUCCACUCCGACCACCCCUUAACAAACCGGAAGAUAUCGAUGGAAUCUUUGAUUCAAUAACCUACCACAAGGGAGCUGAAGUUACCCAGAUGCUGAGGACCAUGCUUGGCGAGGAAGUAUUUAAAAACGGUCUUCGAGCUUAUCUAAGCAGACACAAACUGGGCAACGUAGUUUCUGAUGAUCUAUGGGCAGUUCUUACUGAGUUCGAUGAGGGAAUCGGUGACCACGACGUGAAGACGAUCAUGGACACUUGGGUUCUUCAGAUGGGUUACCCCGUGGUCGAGCUCCGUCGCGUCAACGGUCAUCAACUGAACGCUUCGCAAGAACGCUUCCUGCUCGAUUACGAUGCCGAAGCCGAAGCAAAGGCAAAUGAAAAAUAUGACAAUCUUGGAUACCUGUGGUAUAUAUAUCUUACCUAUACCCAGAAGACUGGAGCAAAUUUUGAAAUGCCGCAGUCAACAUGGAUUGAACAAGAACCUUGGGCUCUAGUUGAUUUGCCAUCCACCAUUGGGAAUGAUGAUUGGUACCUUGGAAAUGUCCAGCAGUCUGGUUUCUUUCGAGUGAACUACGACGAUGAAAACUGGGCUCGGCUUGGACAACAGUUGCUCGAUGAUCAUACGAUGAUUCCGGUGACGACACGUUCUCAGCUCCUCGACGACGCAUUCACGUUGGCUCAGGUCGGGCGAGUCGAUUACCCGAAAGCACUUGAUCUUACCCGCUACUUGGCGAAGGAGACGGAGUAUGUAUCCUGGAAGGUUGUCCUCGAGUACUUCUCCCAUAUCAACGAUAUGAUCAGUGUGGAUGCAAGUUAUGGAUAUUUGGAGAGAUACAUGCUUCAACAAGUUCAAUCAUUAUACGACCAACUUGGAUGGGACGACGACCCGGAAACAGAUUCUCUUCUUGAACAAUUAAAUCGAAUCAACGCCAUAGACACGUCAUGCAAAUACAACAAUCAAGAUUGCUUAGACAAAGCAUCCGCCCUCUACGCAGAGUAUAUGGAUAUCGAUUCGAAUAACACCGAAAAUAAAUCAGAUUAUGAUAUCAAUCCCAUAUCUCCAAAUUUGAGGGCGUCUACAUAUUGCUAUGCUAUCCAGGAAGGCUUUGAGGAGGAGUGGAACUUUGGUUGGAAUAAAUUCAUUCAAGAGCAGAGCGAGGGCAUGAACUGGAUCAAGUCACUUGCCUGCUCUAAGACACCAUGGAUAUUAAACAGAUUCUUGCAUUACUCCCUCAAUUCGACACUCCUUGAGAAGAAAUGGUCUGCUUUCAUCAUAAUUUAUGUAGCUGAGAACCCUAUUGGAAGGAUGAUAGCAUGGAAUUUUGUACGGGAUAAAUGGGAACAGUUGAGAGAAAAUUUCGGAGAGGAUUCUUUUCAUUUCAAGCGGCUCAUUAUCGAUGUUACGUCAAACUUUAAUACACGACUCCAACUUAAAGAGCUCCAGGCGUUCGGCGAACAUACGGAUCUGGAAGCGGUAAAGAGUGAAUACGAGAAGGCUAUAAGAAAGACGAGGAAAAACAUUGGAUGGAUGGAAAACAACUCAGGGAUCAUAUCAACGUGGUUACAAUCAGCCACCCUCAACGGCGGAAUAUAAAUUUGAAAUACAGGGGUAUUCAUGCUGAAAAUAAUUAUAUAUGAUAUCUAAAUAAAUAGAAG